UUAUGACCUCUCAUAACAUUGCCUACGCGACGCGUCCGGAGUUCGGUAGGCACAACAAAGUUUUACUUCUGUACGUACAUCUACUCUGUGCUCUCCGCCUCGUUCCGACGCGCGAGCUCUUCGGGCAUGUUCGGCAAGCGGCCUCGACUAUCGUGUGUCUUCGCGCCGAGGCUGCAGGCCGCCAGUUCAACGAGGAAAACCCGUGUUGUUGGUGCGUCGUGUCGGGCGGGGAAAAACUUGUUUACAAGUAAUGACGUGAGUAGUUUCCCGCGACACUGCAUCGUUUUCUCGUCGGCGGGAGGAAAGGAAGAGUGGAAAGAGGAAAAGAGACAGCAACGUGGCCUCGCGCGUGGAGAAUGAUCACGCAGCCGCUCGGAAAGACGCCACGGAGCUGAAGCCAUUGGCACAGCACUGCGCCGACCAGGAGCAGCGCGCAAGCUCAUCAGCGAAGAGAGGAUUCAUCCCAGUGGAUAUUCAGAACACUGAAACUGCAGAACAAGAAAGUAUGGGGGUAGUCGAGUUUGCUGCCACUCUCGGAUCUGUCCUGCUUUUGAUAGUCACAUUUCCGUUAUCAAUUUUCUUGGUUUUCAAGGUGGUGCAAGAGUACGAGAGAGCCGUGAUCUUCCGCCUGGGACGCCUGCGCACGGGGGAGGCGCGCGGCCCGGGCAUAUUCUUCGUGCUACCGUGCAUCGACCAGUACCGCAAGGUGGACCUCCGCACCGUCUCCUUCGACGUGCCGCCCCAGGAGGUGCUCACCAAGGACUCGGUGACGGUGAGCGUGGAUGCUGUCGUCUACUACAAAGUCAGCGAGCCGUUACGAGCUGUUGUCAAGGUUAAUGAUUACUGCCACUCGACCCGCCUGCUGGCCGCCACGACGUUGCGCAACGUGCUGGGGACACGCAACCUCGCUGAGCUUCUGUCCGAGCGGGAGAACAUUUCCCACACGAUGCAGUCCUCCUUGGACGAGGCGACGGAUCCCUGGGGCGUUCAGGUGGAGCGAGUGGAAAUCAAGGACGUCCGCCUGCCGGUCCAGCUGCAGAGAGCGAUGGCGGCGGAGGCGGAGGCUGCCCGCGAGGCCCGGGCCAAGGUCAUAGCGGCCGAGGGCGAGAUGAAGGCCUCCAGGGCGCUCAAGGAGGCGUCUGACAUAAUGUCCGAGAGUCCGGCUGCCCUGCAGCUGCGGUAUCUGCAAACUCUAAGCACCAUCUCUGCAGAGAAGAACUCCACUAUCAUCUUCCCUCUGCCCAUGGACAUCAUAACCCCGUUCCUGUGCAACAGGAACUCCUAGGAGUCGGAGGAGAGGCUCAGAGCGGAAGCAGAGCUGACCAGAAACAAAGGAAUCGCUCGGCUCUGCGUCCGUCAUGUGCACAGGAGACUGCCUCCAAAAGAGUUUCUUUUCAUUACGCACUCUUGUCAAACUGAUAUGAUUGCUUCAAAUUCAAAAUGACAGUGUAUUGUAUUUACCACGUGUGUUUAGACGAUGGCAUUGGCAUCUUCACGGUGUUUGACCGCAGUCUAGCCACUAUCUCACAUUUCAAACAAAUGUGACUCACUGUGGUCAAAUUUAACUGUUGAGUGUAAAAUUGGGCAUCCAAUGUAAGCUUGUAAUUUUUUGUGAGGAAACUUCAAUUGUAUGUUUCUUCUAAUUGCUUGUGAAAACUGUUCAGAAUUGUGAUCCUAAAUUUGAAGUAUUAAAUUCAAUUAAUAAAC